AUGGCUCUCUUACGCAGCAGGCGAUCUUCGUCCCUCUCGUCCCUCUUCACCCUUCUCGUCUCCUUUCUCCUUCUCCUAAGCAUCAACAACGAUGCCAACCCGCACCACCAUCGAGCCUCUGUGCUAGCGAAGAAAUCCCCGCGACAGCAACAGCAGCGACUCAUACCUGAAGAGAGCCCACUUGACUUCAAGCCCACAGAGCAACAACGACAGAACUACUGGGAACAAGGCGGCAAUGACAUCGUGCAUGAGGUGUGGUCUGUCUUGCGUGACUUCGAGCCAACAUGGAAAGACAGUGUUACCCAACCCACAACCCACCCUUCCGGGAUCGUCCAAAUUUCGUGGCAUUACUUGAAGAUCGUAUUCCGGGCAUUGUUUAUGAAUGCGCCAUCAUCUACAACCGUACACAAGCAAGACGGCGAGGACGACCAUACGACUGCCCAGAUAAAGGGUGAUCUCAAGAACGGCGUCGAGACACUCCAAGCAGCCGCGGCAUUCGAUGACGCGGACGCCUUAUUCCUACUGGCCGAAAUGCACUUCUACGGCAACUUCUCCGUGCCCCGUAACUUCCAUACCGCGAAGAAAUGGUACGUGCGACUGGCGGACCUCGACGGGAACAGCACGGCGCAGUACAUGUUGGGCGUGCUGUAUGCGACGGGCAUUGGGGGUGUGCAGAGAGACCAAGGCAAGGCGAUGCUGUAUCACAGCUUUGCAGCCGAACAGGGCGAGAUCCGCUCGGAGAUGACCCUUGCAUUCCGACAUCACGCGGGCAUUGCGACGUCCAGGGACUGCAACAAGGCCGUGGACUACUACAAGCGGGUCGCCGACAAAGCAAUGGAAUACUGGCGCUCCGGACCCCCAGGAGGGACAUCUUUCGUGCGCAAUGCGUACCGCUGGGUCGAAGUAGACGGCGGCAUCUACGGCGAAGGUGCGAGUGUGAGCAGCUCCGGACCCAAUGCUCCACGCGACGGGCUAUCCUUCGCGCACGUCGACAAUGUUCUCGAGUACCUUGAUGUCAAGGAGCAUCAAGGUGACUAUAAUGCGGUCCUGAAUUUGGGCAAAUACUAUUACGAGGCACCGCGCGGCUACAGACGAAACUACCGCAAGGCACAGCGCCAGUUUAUGAAGGUUGCCAAGGCUUACUGGACCAAAGACGGCAAAGUGAAUCCGAAAGCACCCAAAGGUAUCGAACGCCUCGCCGGCAAGGCUGCUGCCUAUAUCGGCCGUAUGUUCCUGCGCGGCGAGGGCAUGGAGCAGAACUUCGAAAAGGCGUUGACCUGGCUCAAGCGUGGCGUUAGCAAUGGCGACUCGUUCGCCCAGUAUCACGUGGGCCUGAUGUAUCGUGACGGGCUGGGCGUGCCCAUGGACGGCGUGCGCGCCGGCACAUAUCUGAAAGCCGCGGCGGAGCAGAGCCUGCCGCUCGCGCAGUCUGCGCUGGGGGUUCUCUUCAUCGACCAAGGCGACAUCGAGACCGCGGGCCGCUAUUUCGAACUCGCGGCCAGCGCGGGCGUCAUGGAGGCGUAUUACUACUUGGCAGAGAUGACGAACCAGGGAGUUGGUCCUGCAGAGCGAAACUGCGGACUCGCGACUGUAUAUUAUAAGGUCGUGGCGGAGCGUGCGGAAUUGCUGCAUUCGGCUUUCCUCGAGGCGAACUCGGCUUACGAGCGAGGUGAUUUCGAACGCGCAUUUGUGCCGAUUGUCAUGGCUGCCGAACAAGGGUAUGAGUAUGCCCAGGCCAACGCGGCAUUCUUGCUCGAUAAAAAGACUUCGGUUCUGUCGUUCUCGUUGCCCGGUAUUCCGUUCUUCUCCUCGGAUAAACCGGCCGCAAGCAGGAGUAAGCUCCUUAACAAUGCGGAGCUCGCACUGGCUUACUUUACGCGGUCGGCGAAGCAAGCGAAUGUGGACUCAUUGGUCAAAAUGGGUGAUUAUUACCUCGCUUCUGGAAGCAUGAAAGGUGGUGGUUUCAACGUCGGCGGUAGGUCCUCGACUUCGUCGGCCUCUUCUCCUCUUAUCACUACCGAAAGUACGACCGGUGAUACUAGCAAUCCUGCUGGGAAAGGCAAACAACAGUCUGAUCUUGAAAAGGCUGCGACAUGUUACACCACCGCCGCGGAAUCACAUCACUCGGCACAAGCGUUCUGGAACAUGGGAUGGAUGCACGAGCAUGGCAUCGGUUCCGUGACGAAAGACUAUCACAUGGCGAAACGGUACUACGAUCUGGCGCUCGAGAUGAACAAAGAGGCAUACUUGCCUGUCACGCUAGCGCUGACCAAACUACGAAUCCGAUCAUGGUGGAAUGGAGUUAGCGGAGGGAAAGUCAACGGGAUCCGAGACGAAGAUGACGACAACAAGAAAGGCCGGGCGCCCAAGAGUUUCACCGAGUGGGUCAAUCGAUUCCUCGAUGCCGCGGAGGAAAUGGAUGCGGCAGAGGAGGCGGCGGCACGGGAUCGUGAGGGCGGUGCUGGUGGCGAUGAUGAUUUCAUGGGUGGUCUUGCUGGCACCGCGGAGCCUGGCAUGCCCGGUGGAGAUUCGGAUUAUGCUGCGAGGGCGAGAGAGCGGCAGGCAAACCCCGCCGAUGAUGGCUACGGUGCUGAUGAAUGGGAUGAUUUUGAUGACGGCUUGGUGGAGAGUCUGAUCAUCAUUGCACUUGCUGGCGCGUUGGCCUUGCUUGUCUAUGCACGCCAGGCAAGACAGCGAGCACAGGGUGAAGAAGAGAGGAGACGGAGAAACCAAGGACAAGUGCAGCCUCCAGCACAGCCGGCGGUUGUACAGGAAGCCCAACCACCACAACAGCAGCAGGGUCAGGGUGCUCAGCCACAACCUGGAGGCAUGUUCCCUGGUCCUGGUGAUCCCGAGUUCAAUAACUGGGUUGCUGGUGGGAUUGGACAUUGA